AUGAUCUUACAGGUUACUCGUGGUAAAAUGCUGGCACUUCUCGUAAUUGCAACGGUUCUUCUCGCCAACGCCAAUGCACAAGGAAUAAACAAUGGUCUACCGGCUAAACCUCGAACACUGCCUGCCUGGAUACUCCGAAUACAAGUUGGAAGACAAACGAGGCAGCGGAAAAGCUCGAAUGCGCAACAUUCUACUCAACAGCUAUCUCAAUCGAGUUUGAGUGCCCAAGACCUACACCAUCAAUUACGAUCUCGUUUCUCGGAUAGGGAAAACCCUAGUGGAAAGAUAUGUCAUGUGUUCGGAGAUGUUGCAAGUUACAAUGAAUUCUGAUAUAAUCAUGUUCCUUAGAUGUAUAAAGUUUAGUACGUGGGAACCAUUGUCAUUUAUUCGACUAUCGCAUCAAUUCAAAACCUUCCAUGUGUUGUUGUGGUGUCUGCUGCCAGCUUUGAAGUAAUCCAAAAUCAAAUUGCUAACC